AACUUUAAUAUUAUCAUAAUAUUUGCAGUUCCAGUUCCAUGGAGUUACUAACAUGGGCUAUCUUCUUUUUAUACUGUUCGAUUGGUUUUGGCAUCAGACUUGGGGCAACGGCAAGGGCUAUGACGGGGACAAAAUCUCAAGGAGCAGAGGCAGAAGCUCUCCUGAAAAGUGGGUGGUGGGAUGACACUCCCCGCAAAUCUACAAAUCACUGUGGUUGGCCUGGUGUAACAUGUGACAGUACUGGAAGUGUCACCGAAAUUCAUUCAUCAAAUCCUAUUAUCGGUGUGGGAGAGAAGUUUGGAAAAAUGAACUUUUCUUCCCUUCCCAAUCUUGUUCGGCUUGAUCUCAGCGGUCUAGGAAUCAAGGGGAGCAUCCCACCUCAAAUUGGUGCUCUUUCAAGUCUCAAGCACCUAAAUCUGUCCAGUAAUGAUCUAAGAGGUGCGUUACCUUCUUCACUUGGAAAUCUAACUCAAUUAGUGGUGCUUGACAUUUCUUUCAAUUACAUCAAUUCCAUCCCACCUCAAAUUGGUGCUCUUUCAAGUCUCAAGCACCUAAAUCUGUCCACUAAUGAUCUAAGAGGUGCGUUACCUUUACCACUUGGAAAUCUCACUGAAUUAAUGGUGCUUGACAUUUCUGUCAAUAACAUCAAUUCCAUUCCCACAGAACUUGAGAAUUUGAAGAAUCUUGUCUCCUUGAACUUGACAAGGAAUUACUUUUUUGGAUCGAUUCUUCAAACUCUAGGCCAUUUGACCAAUCUUGCUUACCUGCACUUGGCCUCAAAUCCUUUAAAUUGUAGUAUAACUCCAGAAACAUGGAACUUGAAAAAUCUUGUCGUCUUAGACCUGAGCCAUUGCCAACUAACUGGUCCAAUCUCUUCUGAUAUCAGUCAGAAUUUAACCCAUUUGGUAUCUUUGGAUCUGUCCUAUAACAUGCUUAAAGGUCCAAUACCUUCCUCUCUUGAUCUAUUGCCCAAUUUAGUUACUUUGGAUCUAUCCAGUAACAUGCUUGAAGGUCCAAUACCCUCCUCUCUAGGUCAAUUAACCAAUUUGUUAACUUUGUCCCUUGGAUUCAAUAAAUUCAACAGCUGUAUCCCUCCAGAAUUCGGAAAUUUAAGGAAUCUCACUUAUUUGAGUAUCGCCCGGGCCCAACUCAUUGGUCCACUUCCUUCAACUUUGGGUUACCUGAAAAAUUUGAAAACCUUUGUUCUUUAUGGAAAUCAAGUCAAUGGUUCUAUCCCUGUAGAACUAGCAAAACUUAGGAGCUUGACUCGGUUGGAUCUCGGUAUCAACAAAUUAGGGGGUUCAAUUCCUGCAUCUCUGGGUCUAUUGUCUAAUUUGAGCUCUUUGUUCCUUGACUCAAAUGGUUUUGAGGGUUUCAUUCCACCAAAAUUAGGAAAUCUAAACAAUUUGCAAGUGCUUUGGCUCAGGGAGAACAAAAUAACUGGUCCACUCCCUCCCACUCUAUUUCAUUUAACUAAUUUAGAGUGGUUGUCUCUUGAUUCAAAUCUUUUGGAAGGUUUCAUACCUGAAGACAUUGGGAAUUCAAGAUCUUUGCAAUAUUUGAUACUUUCCCAAAAUAGAUUCAGUGGACCGAUCCCGACUCAGAUUGUGAAUUGCUCCAACUUAGAACUUUUGUUGUUGAGCAACAACGCUCUAAAUGGAAGUAUCCCUCCUCAUAUUGGCAAUCUCUCUAAGCUUUCACAAAUUGAUUUCAGCCACAAUUUCAUUAGGGGAGAAAUGCCUUUCCAGCUUACGAGUAUAACAAAUUUGGUGGCCUUGGAUCUGAGUUUCAACAAUCUUUCUGGCUCUAUUCCCCUUUUGCCACCUAGUUUGUAUGAACUUAAUCUGUCAUAUAAUUCUUUUGCGGGUCAAAUCCCAAAUAACUUGCAACAUUUUCCUCAAAGCUGUUUUUUUGGAAACAAGGAUUUAGAUGAUGAACAACUUACCGGGUCCCCUUCUCUUCCUCCUUCUCUCCCCCCAUCCCUUAUUGAAGAUAGAAAAUCUAGCAGCAGAGAAUCAAGACAUGAUUCAUUGCCGAGACACCUUAAAAUUAUCCUUCCGAGCACCAUUUCUCUUGUCUUGGUAUCUUUGGCAUUGUUGUUGCUAUCUCGAAGAGUGCAUGGAGCUAAAUGUAAGGAAGCAGAUCCAAGUCCAACGAAAAAUGGGGAUAUAUUCUCAAUAUGGAACUUUGAUGGAAGGGUUGCAUAUGAAGACAUCAUUGAAGCAACUGAGGAUUUUGACAUCAGAUAUUGCAUUGGUACUGGUGGUUAUGGAAGUGUUUAUAGAGCACUCUUGCCAAAUGGUAAAGUAGUCGCUUUGAAGAAACUUCAUCGAAGGGAAGCAGAAGAACCACCUCUCGAUAAGAGUUUUAAGAAUGAGAUUAGGAUGUUGACAAAAAUACGACAUAGGAACAUUGUGAAGCUUCAUGGAUUUUGCCUACAUAGGACAUGCAUGUUUUUGAUCUAUGAAUACAUGGAAAAAGGAAGCUUGUUUUGUGUGCUCAGAAAUGACGAAGAAGCAGUGGAGCUGGAUUGGAACAAAAGGGUGAAUAUCAUAAAACACAUGGCGCAUGCUUUGUCUUAUCUUCACCAUGAUUGCAGCCCACCCAUCCUUCAUAGAGACAUAUCAAGCAACAACAUUCUAUUAAACUCGGAAUUGGAGGCUUUUGUUUCUGACUUUGGAAAUGCUAGGCUUUUGGAUGCUAAUUCAUCCAAUCAUACCAUACUUGCUGGCACCUAUGGUUAUAUUGCCCCAGAGCUUGCCUAUACAAUUGCUGUGACUGAGAAGUGUGAUGUUUAUAGCUUUGGAGUGGUGGCAUUGGAAACACUGAUGGGAAGGCAUCCAAAGGAAAUAUUGACAUUGUCAUCAUCAUCAUCAUCUUCUUUGCAAAAUGUGAUGCUAAGUGACAUACUGGAUACACGUCUCUCACCUCCAAGAAGCAAAAUUGUAACCCAGAAUAUUGUGGUUACUACUACAAUUGCAUUUGCUUGUUUACGUGCAAAACCUAAGUCUAGGCCAACGAUGAAAUUUGUGUCUCAACAGUUUGUUACCCAUGAAACACCACUUCCAAAGCCUUUUUUGGCUAUUUCUUUAUUGGAGCUAGUGAAUAGUGAUUUGGGGAUAGAAAAUGAAAAAGAAUCUCAAUAGAAGUUUCAGGUCAUCUAGAUAAGCGUCACGGUUCUCCCUCAAAUUAGAGGCAAGCGGGUAUCUUCUAGGCCAUCUCUUUUUUUCUUUCUUUUUCUUUUUCUUUUUCCUUUUUUUUUUUAAAAAAAAAUUUAUGUUUGU